AAACAAAAGUCCCUUACAUAAAACGCCACUUGCACACUUCAAUCCUCAUCCACCCCUCCUUCCUCUUUCUCUCUCCAACUUUCUCAAAUGAAUUUCUUCAAAUCCGUCUUCGCGGAUGACGACCCACAACCCAACCCAUCAUCUCCAACCUCCCACGAACCCGAAACGCAGCCCGAAAUCGAGCCCGAAACCCACCAAAACCCUCCCACAUGGGGGUUCGUCGGCGGGUUAAUCAAAACCAUAACCACAAAAUCCGAAUCCGUGAUCGAAACCUACCGUCGCGACCUUCAAGAAUUCGGUUCGGGUCUAAAAAUGGAAACCCAGGUGUUCAAAGAAGUUGCAAGCUCAUCUCUCGAAGUGGGCGCUUCUAAAGCCCAAGAAUCGCUUGAAUCUGUUGGACAAGCUUUUGAUUCAAUUGGAUCGGUUGUUUGGAAAUCGACUGCUCAGAUCAUCGCUCAAGGUACUGAGUCCGAUCUCGAUGACGGGUACGAUAGCCAUGGGGGUUCCAGUAUGAACCAUAUGAAUUCGCCUGUUGGGAGGUAUAAUAGGUACGAUGUGCAAUUGAGAGGGAUUCAAUGUGAUGUCAAUACUUAUGUGGAGGAAUUUGAGGAUGCGGGUGAUUUCGAGAAGUGGAGAUUGGGGUUUAAUUUGGAUGAGAAAAAGGAUGAGAUUGGGAAUUUGAUGGCGGAGAAUGGAACUAUGGAGGGGAUUUAUAAGAGGGUUGUGCCUAAUGUUGUUGAACAUGAUUUGUUUUGGAGUAGGUAUUAUUAUAGGGUUUAUAAAUUGGAGCAGGCUGAAUCUGUGAGAGCCAAAUUGGUGGAACGGGCAAAUGAAGACGAGGAUUUGAGUUGGGAUGUUGAUGAUGAAGAGGAAAACGAUAACAAUAAUGAUAAUGAUAAUGAUAAUGAUAAUGAUGAUAAUGUGGUGGAGAAGAAGGAGGUGAUUAAAGAGGAUGAGGAGGGAAAUAAGGAGAUGAAAGAAGGUGAUUUGGUUGCGAAAGAGUGUUUAGAGACGACGAAUGAGGUGAAAUCGGAGGAGGAGAUGGUGAAGAAGACGAAUGUUGAUGAGAAGGCGGCGUCUGAAGUUAGUAAAGAUAGUGAUAUAUCAGUGGUUUCGAGCCAACCGUCGUCUCGUGGAGAAGAGGAGGAUCUUGGUUGGGAUGAGAUUGAAGAUCUUGGAAGUGAUGAUGAUGAGGAUGUGAAGAAAGGGAAGAGAAUUGAGGGGAGUAGUAGUAGUCCAAGCAAUAAGGAGGAAUUGCUAAAGCGUUUGAGUGUUGCUGAAGAUGAUGAUGAAGACUUGAGUUGGGAUAUUGAAGAUGAUGAUGAGCCUAUUAAGAAGAGUUAAAAGAGGGAAAUGUAAGUGAUUGCAUGAUCAUGUGGUUUUUAAGACUGGAAUUGUAAUGUGGAGAUAUGAAUCUACUGCCAUGUAAUUGCUUAAGUUUCAAUAUGUGCCUAAGAUUUAAAUUCUUUGAGUGGUUUUAGUUCUUAAGUUCAUUGUAUAAAGUAUAAAAUUGGUAAGAAUGCUUUCUUAUAAUUGACUGGAAUACGUUAUGCUAAAGUACAACCCCUUUUUUACA